AUGGCGAUGGUUCGUCUCCAUCUCCAACCCCCAUUCUCCUCAAAACCUCUCCCAAACCCUAACCCUAGCCCUCUUCCCUCGUCGGAGAUCCUCACCUCAACCUCCGAUGCCGGCCUUCUCUUCCGCGAGAAGCUGCUCUACCUCCAGCGUGACCUCCAUAUCGACGCCUCCCGCGCCCUUGCCGCCAAUCCCGCUCUCCGCUCCGCCCCCCUUCCCUCUCUUCGUGCCGCCUCUGACGUCCUCCUGUCCCAUGGAUUUCUCCCUGACGACGCCUCGCGUAUCCUUUCCCACCACCCCUCUCUCCUCACCUCCGACCCUGAGGACCCCUUGAUUGCCGCCCUCCGCUUUCUUCGAGGCCCUGUAGGCAUUCCCUUAUCUCACCUCCGCCGCACCGUCCUCCGCUGUCCUCGCCUUCUUGUCACAUCCGUCCCCAACCAACUCCAGCCCACCCUCUACUUCCUCCGCCGCUUCGGAUUUGUCGGCUCCCACCGCAUCACCUCUCAGACCGCCCUCCUUUUGGUUUCCAGCGUCGAGAAAACCCUAAUUCCGAAACUGGACUUCAUCCAAAGCUUGGGCUUUUCUUAUAAAGAGACACAGAAGAUGGUUCUGAGGUCGCCUGGGUUGUUGACGUUUAGCAUUGAAAACAAUUUCAAGCCCAAGUGGGACUUUUUGGUUAAUGAAAUGGGAAGAGACCUUAAGGAGCUGAAAGAAUUCCCUCAGUAUUUUGCUUUUAGCUUGGAAGGCAGGAUCAAGCCGCGACAACAAAUGCUGGUGGAGAGCGGGUUGUCUAUGCCAUUGGCUGAUAUGCUGAAGCUCAGUGAUGGUGCAUUCAGGGAGCAGUUGAUAGAUUUAAGAAUUGCGUCGCUGGAUAAGAGGUUGUAG